UCACGUGAUCUCCAAAUCUGACAAUUCAGUUUUUGAUGUGUUUUAAUUUCCGCCUAUUCACGCCGGAUAGGCUAAUAUAGUAAACAAUUAUUAUUUUUCAUUGAAUUUUAAUAAAUUUUUGACAAUUUAAUUACAAUUAUGAGUUCCAUUGGAACAGGGUAUGAUCUCUCUGCAUCACAAUUUUCACCUGAUGGCAGAGUUUUUCAAGUAGAAUAUGCCCAAAAAGCUGUGGAAAAUAGUGGAACGGUAAUCGGCUUACGGGGUAAAGAUGGAGUGGUUUUUGCCGUAGAAAAGCUCGUUACAUCGAAGCUCUAUGAAACGGGAGCUAAUAAACGGAUUUUCAAUAUAGACAAACAUGUUGGAAUGGCUGUCUCUGGAUUAAUUUCUGACGCGCGACAAAUUGUGGAAACAGCAAGGUCUGAAGCAGCUAGCUAUCGUGCACAAUAUGGAAUUGGAAUACCACUCAAGUAUUUAAAUGAACGUGUUUCAAUGUACAUGCACGCUUAUACACUCUAUUCAGCAGUACGUCCCUAUGGAUGCUCCGUUAUCUUAAGUGCAUUCGAAACAGAUGGUCCUACCAUGUAUAUGAUUGAUCCUUCUGGAGUUUCAUAUGGAUAUUAUGGCUGUGCAAUUGGCAAAGCGAAACAAUCGGCAAAAACGGAGAUAGAAAAAUUGAAAUUGUCUGACAUGACCUGCAAAGAACUUGUGAAGGAAGCGGCGCGGAUAAUUUAUCUUGUGCACGAUGAACUCAAAGACAAACAAUUUGAACUCGAAAUGAGCUGGGUUGGUGUUCACACCAAUGGAAAACAUGAACGAGUUCCUUUGGAUAUAAAAACAGAAGCUGAAACCAAGGCACGUCAAGCAAUGGCUGAUGAUUCCGAUAGUGACACUGAGGACAUGUAAAAUGACAAGGGUUGAAGAAGAAAAAAAAAAUUGGUAAAAAUCGAUAAUCACAUUUUAAAUUAUUUUGCUCUCAUUUCAUGCAAAAAAAAAUUUUUUUUUUUUUUGCCUUUUUUGUAUGAAAUGCUUAAUUGUUCAAAAUAAAACGUCUAUUAUUGAUAAGAAAAUCGAAUAAAUGCGUCUUGUUUAUAUAA